AUGGAUAGAAAAUCUGCUAGAAUAAAAGCAGAGUUGCAAAGAUAUGGUUGGAGAGUUUCGAAGAAGUUUAAAUAUAGGAAGGGAAGACCCAUAAAAGUCUAUGACAAACUGGCUGGUCUGACCUACGAAAUGGAUUUGGAAACAGCACGUGCCAAUUAUCCAAACAGACUAGAGAGGUUAGAAGAAGAACGUCUUAUGGACAUGCCUUUCGAUGUUAGUGAACCUCAAGUUGAAGGACACGACGGCUUUGCCAGAUUCUACUGGAAACAUGACGAACAAUUGCAUCCUUUGAGAAGGAAAAAAGGAAAAGGUGAAGACACACAUGCUCCCAUGGAAAGAACAAGAUAUGCAUAUGAAAAGUAUCGUGAAGUUAGAAGUCAAAUUACAUCUGGUCGAACCUUUACAGUAAACUUUGACGAAGGAAAGAACAAAGAAGGCUUCAUGGGUGUACUUGCUGCAAUUCAAGACGGAAAUAAGAAAGGACACAAUCUCAGAUUGACCAUAACGGAUUUGGAUAGUCACAUUUACUAUGCAAAUGGCAAUGUCACAACAGCUGCAAAACUUCUUGACGCUUUCAAGACUACAAAGAGAGAACAAAUGUUUGACUCCGACUCAGACAUUUUGAAUGCAAUUGAAGGAAUUGCAAGUGUCAAGUUCGAAUGGUACCAACCUAACCCUCAAGCAGUCAGACAACAUGCUGGAUACUUUCCGUUCAUAAAUAAGUCUGACAUUGGUCUUACCCUCAGUUCGCAAAGGCAGUCCUUGACAACUACAACAAAUUCUUCUCCGAAGUCAAAUCCAAAGUGA